CAACUGUCAUGGCGUCUCCCUUGAAGGGGGUUUGGUUGUGGAAAAAGUAGCCGCUGUCAUUUAUCACUUUCCUCCGGUGCGCAGAGCAGCUGACCCCGCUGAAGAGGCUUCACAGAGCGGGUACUCACCAUGGGGACUGUCCAUGCUAAGAGUCUGGAUCCUCUCCCGAUGCAUGGCCGGGACUUGGGCGUCAACCCCGAUGACAUUGUGGAACCUCCAGAAAUGGAGCAGGAGUCCAAGCAGGAGAUCCUCGAAAACAAAGAUGUGGUCGUCCAACAUGUCAACAUCCAGGGUCUUGGAAGAACCAAAGAGGAUCUGCUCGGCUAUGAGAUCUCUGAGGUUUUCCACGCCAAAAACCUCAUUGAUGUGAUGAAAAAAUCUCACAUUGCCAGACAGAGGCUGCUCCGCCUGGGAAUUUUCAAAGAAGUAGAGGUUCUUAUCGAUACGUCUGAAGGGACAGAUGCUUUGCCGAACGGUCUGGAUGUAACUUUUGAAGUGACCGAGAUAAAGAGGCUGACAGGAAGCUACAACACCAUGGUUGGCAACAACGAAGGAAGCAUGGUGCUCGGUGUGAAGUUACCCAACGUGUUUGGUCGAGCUGAGAAACUCACCUUCCAGUUCUCCUAUGGGACCAAGGAGACAUCCUAUGGCCUGUCCUUCUUCAAGCCGCAGCCCGGUCACUUUGAACGCAACCUCACCCUCAACAUGUACAAAGUCACUGGACAGUUCCCAUGGAGUUCUUUAAAAGAGACCGACAGAGGCAUGUCUGCAGAACUCAAUUUUCCUCUCGGGAUGACCAACCACACGUUGAAGUGGGAGGGUGUCUGGAGGGAGCUGGGCUGCCUUGCACGCAGUGCAUCCUUUGCUGUCCGAGAGGAGAGCGGACACUCACUGAAAUCUGCCCUCUCGCACACUGUGUCAAUCGACUCAAGGAAUUCCGCCAUUUUCCCCAACAGGGGCGCCUUACUCCGGAUCAACCAGGAAUUGGCUGGGUACACAGGAGGAGACGCCAGCUUCUUGAAAGAAGAUUUUGAGCUGCAGCUCAACAGACGGCUCUUCUGGGACUCAGUCUUGUCUGCUUCUCUGUGGGGUGGGAUGCUUUGUCCAAUUGGGGGACAGCCGUCCUGCAUCGCUGACAGGUUCUACCUUGGAGGUCCCACCAGUGUACGGGGGUUUGGGAUGUACAGCAUUGGGCCACAGAGUGAAGGUGACUAUCUGGGCGGAGAGGCAUAUUGGGCAGGUGGUCUUCAUCUCUACACUCCACUGCCCUUCAGACCAGGCAAGGGCGGCUUCGGAGACCUUUUCAGAACGCACUUCUUUCUCAACGCAGGCAACCUCUGCAACCUCAACUAUGGUGAUGGUCCCCGGGCACACCUUCAGAAGCUAGCUGAGUGUAUUCGCUGGUCAUACGGAGCAGGCAUUGUGCUGCGGCUCGGAAACAUUGCCAGGCUGGAACUCAACUACUGUGUGCCAAUGGGAGUUCAGAGCGGAGACAGGAUAUGUGACGGCGUCCAGUUUGGAGCAGGAAUUCGCUUCCUGUGACCUCAUCACUCCACUGCCCUCAGUACUUCAGCAGAGGCUGUGACGUGAAAAGGGAGAACGUCUUGUUGUUUGCCACCUGUAACUUGUUGUAGAGUGCAUCACACUAGCAUGGGUCCUAUAUCCUGGGGAAACGUGCCUGACCCCCAAACCCUACUUUGAUAUGCACCAGUCAAGGCUUUUGAACAACAAAGUGUCAGUGCUGGGCCAUGAAACUAAUGAAACUUUUUACAGUUGUUUGAUAGAAGACAAAAUACAAUCAUUGGCAAUCUUCUACAAACAUUCAAGCAACAUCUUUCACUUAUUCUCUUCAUUGGACUAUUGAAUUUGAGUCAUUGUUCCUUUCAUUGGUUUGAAUUCUCCAGCGCUGGCACCUUGUUUGUGGAAAAGUCAUCUACCAGUGAUUUCACCCACUGUAUUUCCUGUGGUGACAUAAAGUAAAUUAUUUCCAGAAUGUUAAAGAGAUUUUUCGGCAUAUUCCUUUUGCCUUCGAGGACUGCUUCUUAAUGGUUUAGUUUGACAGUUAACUGUACGCCACACACUCUUCCUACCUUAUGGGUUUUGUUGAGUUACACUGUGUGAUAGAACAAUGUGUGAGAGAAACCAGCACUUUGUAGUCAAAGCAGUGGUUUUGGAAGGGAAUCUACCCUCAUGCCAAAGCAGUUUCUUCAAACAUUGUAGUCUGAUGUGAACAGCGGGUUGAUCUCUGGAGGUGGGAACCCCCUGAGCAACAUCCGCCACCAGUGCUCUUACCGUUAGUCCUCUUUUUCAUGUUGUUGAAGAUAUUCACAAAUAAAACACAGCUGCUCCCCUG